AUAUCGACGCUACACGAAGUCAUUCUCUCUCACGUAGACCACCGCGCCUCCGGCAAGAUGCGUUGCGAGGUUGUUGCAGAUCAACCGAGCUUUGAGAAGGACUCGAUGGCAGCUAACAUCACGGUUGUAGACCCUCCCCCCCGAGGCCCCGACAUCAGCGGCGCCCGCGACUCGUACACCAUCGGAGAACUGCUGCUUCUGAACUGCUCCUCGUCCUUCUCGUACCCGCCCACCAACCUCUCCUGGGUCAUUAACGGUCAUAAGGCGCUACGUGAGACCGUGGUGGUGUACCCGAGGGACAGAGACAGCGAAGGGCGUGAGUCCUCGUGGUCGGGCCUGCAGAUGUGCCUUCGUCGGGAGCACUUUCGUAAUGGCGUCCUGGUCCUGCGCUGCAUAGCCACGAUCCUCCACGUGUACAACAUUUCUUCCGAAAUUCGUAUUACGGACUCCAGCUACAUCCAGAGUGCACCGAGAGAGGGAGCUUCCACUGCAGGAGCCGGAUCGUCGAGCCUCCUCCUUCCCCUUCUGCUGCUUCUGCCCGGCAUGCUGAGGGGAACCUGAUGAUGCCGUCGCGCCCCUCACUUUCUUCCGGGCGGCGUCUGCGUGGGCGUGGAGUUGUGGGCGUGAAGGGGAGGCGUGUCUGUGUCUGUGUUUCGUAACGGUGGGCGGAUCCCUUCCCCCUGCCUGUCAGUGUAAUUACCAUAUGAUUUAAUGACCUGAAUGUAUGUGUGUAUAAUCACUGUAUUUUAUUUAUUUAUAUAAGAAGAAAAAUAAUCUUUGUUUGAUAAACUGUCAACGAAAAGUUUACGACUGCACGUAGCCUACAGGAACCGACCGCGUUUUGUGUGUGUGGUUUGAUGUGUAUAGA